AACAUGAUAUCAAUGGGAGCGCCUGCGAGAGGAAAUAGGUCAUAGUUAUAUAAAAGUCAAAAUCAACAUACAGGCAUUUAGAUACACACUGGAAAGAAGCUGAGAUGGCUCCAUCAAAGCGGUUUUGGUGUUGUAUCAUCAUAUGUAUAGUGCUUCAUUUAGCUCUUGUGGACUGUAAGAAAAUUGAUGAUUUUAAAAGCACAGUCCUUAAAAGGUGUAAAAGAGACACCAAUUUGAACAAAAAUGGACGAAAAAUAGCGGAUUUUACAUCAUCGGUGGCACUUACAGGAAUAGGUAUAGCGCUGUCCAUUUCAAAUCCCUUGUUUAAGGUAGUUUCACUAUUUGUUGUCGGAACUCUCUUAGACUUAAUUUGGCCUACAUCAGGUUCCUAUCAAUCAAUUAGAGCAGACGUUAUUGCGGAUAUUAGAAAUGAGAUGAAUAAGCAGGCAACUGCUGAAAUGAAAAUGAAACUAAGAGACUACGGUGAACAAAUUAAAAAUGCAUUUAGCGUUUUACAAGUGCAAGGUUACAAGAUAGAGCAGUGGAACGAUUCUGUCUUAAAAAAUGGAAUAAGCUUGCAAAAACAAUCUUCGUUAUUACAGGAAUAUAAAAGCCGUGUAAAUUCAACAACUUGGGAAUUUUUCAAAAUAAAAAUAGUUUCUUUAGCUACAGAUAUUGGUAAUGACGGGCACCAGUUCCAUAUUCAAAAUGAUCCGACAUCGAGCCUAGAAUAUUAUAGAGAGUUUGUCACCACACAAAUUGGUUUAUGGGUGGCAGAACUAAUGAUAUAUGCUGGGAAUGAUGCAGAAAUACAUUUAAAAAAUUUACUUCAGAAUAAAAUAAAAACUGCUCUCAAGAAUCACUAUAAAUAUGUCAUGUGGGCUAUUCACAAAUCUGCUACUAUCAUUGAAUCAAAACACAAGAGUAGAUUGAAAUACAAAGAAGUUGUAAAUUCAUGGAAUGAACAAUUCCCUUUAGAUGCAUGGAAACAACUGUCAGGUUAUUCUGGACAUAGUAGGUUUAUCCGAAGCUCAGAUACAGUGUCAUUCAAAUAUCUUGAUCUUGGAACAGGAUAUUCCAAGACACGGUUUUGGAGUUCUUGGAUGAGUUGUUGGGGGUCGGGAACUAAAUGCGCCAUAAGAAAUUGUCCUGAAAUUGAUAAUCCUUUUGUGGCUGGAGAACAAUACCAGUAUAAAUAUCAUUGUCGAGGUGAAGUUUUCUGGAUCUACGGAGAAAUAUAUGAUUACAUCCAGGCUUGCGAUAAAGUUGCCAUACAUUAUAGUUCUUGGGGCGAUAAGCAUUAUUGGUUUAGUUUAGACUCGUAUAGACGACAUAGGACAAGGCGUUGGUUCUUCAACACACGUCAAUGUCCGGGGAAAUCCUUCAUGUAUGAACCAUUUAAUGGCAGAUGUCUAAACGAAAUUUUAACGAUCGAAGUUGAGGGAAAGACGUGUGGUGAGCUGGUUGAGGACAGGGACGUCAUCAUGCUAAAGGGCAGAUAUGAUAAAUACGUGACUAGUGCGGUCUGGUAUGAAUUAAUACCCGGAAUGACGAAAUGGUGGAGAAUAUUUAAGCACGACUCCUUUCUGAAAAGUUUUGAUAAUAGCUUUAUGUAAUAGUUCUUCAUUAUUAAAAGUUCAAAUAAUAACUUUUUGUAAAAAAGUAGUUUACUUCACGUGAAUUUAUAUCUAAAGGAGAUAAUAAGAUAACAUAACAAAAAAUAAUAGACAGAGCUGUCAUGGAUAGUUUUGUGUAUAAUGCAUUGAUCGAUCAUUCUUUUUGUCCCCCGCGCAACGCGUUGCGGAGGACAUAGAAAUACCAGGCGUCCGCCGAUUCGUCUGUGCGUUCGUCCGUCCGGUCUUGUUAACGCUCUCACAUGUAUAAUUCUUGGCUGAUUUUUAUAAAACUUAUAUCAUAGGUUUAUAUCAGCAAUGUCUCGGACUAGUUCGAAAAUCAGUGCCAAUGAACUAUUUUUAAAAGAGUUAUGCUCCUUGGAAACAUUAAUUAUAUGGAAAAUUGCAUCGUUAGCGCUCCAUCAUAUACGAUACUUGCCAGAUUUUUAUUUAAUUUAUAUUGUAGGUUUAUAUCAGGGAUGUCUUGGAGGAGUUCAAAAAUCUGUGCCGAUCAAUUAUUUUAAAAAAAUUUAUGCCCCUUGGAAAUAUUUAUUAUCUGGAAAAUUGCAUCUUUCGCGCUCUCGUGUGUACAGUUCUUGCCAGAUAUUUAUGAAAUUUAUAUUAUAAGUUUACAUCAUCAAUGUCUCGGAUGAGUUCGAAAAUCUGGGCUGAUCUAAUAAUUAUCUUAGAAAAGAGUUAUACCCUUUGGAAAUAUUAAUUAUAUGGAAAAUUGCAUCGUUAGCGCUCUCAUGUGUACAAUUCUUGCCAGAAUUUUAUGAAACUUAUAUCAUAUGUUUAUAUUGGCAAUGUUUUUGACACUUUCGAAAAUAAGUGCUAAUCUAAUAAAUUUAAUAAGUUAUGCCCCUUGGAAAUAUUAAUUAUAUCAGAAAUGACAUUGAAUUUGAUCUAAACAUAUCAUUUAUCUAAGUUAUUUAUGCCCUUGUACCUUGGAUAGAUAAAUUAUGUGCAACGCGGGGGACAAUGGAACUCUGUUCUGUGAUUGCAUUUAAAAUCAAAAGAUCAUUUUCACGUAUUUGGGCAAAUUUCAACAUCCUUGAUUAGUUAUAGACAUAUCGGGCGUGUUUUAAUUGGAUGGAACUCUAAUAUUUACACUUAGUAAUAUAAUUUGCCUGUCUAUUUUGUUUGUUUGAAUGUAUAUUGUUUAACGUUUUAUCUAUACUUUUUCAGAUAUUAUCGACGAUAACAUGUUGUCAAUCAAGUUUAAACAGAUUUUAUAACACAGCUACAAAUCCUAAUUUACAAAAUAAUACAACAAAAAAUAAACAAUAUAACUUAAUAUGCUGCAGGGAUGGGGUAAUGUAAUGGUAAGUAAGGCAUUACAAUUUUCAUUGUAAUUGAAUGUUAUGUGUAUUUGAGCAUUUUUGAAAUUAUAUGUAAUGGUAAUUUAAUUAAUUACACUGAAAAAAAGCAUGUUAUGCUAAAUUACUUUUCAAUUCCAUUUCAAUUACAUGUACUUUUAUGGUGUUAAUGAUAAGAAAUUAUGUUAAUAUUACUAUUUCAGAUACAUAUUUUUUUUAAUACACAAAUCUGUAAUU